AUGACAUGUUCCUUGGUCUCUGUUAUAGAUCCUGUAGCAGGAGUGAGCAAGCGGCAACUCAACAGCCAGAGGUUAGUACCAAUUUGGAGCAUUGCAUGGCUGGAGAACGAGGAGACAUGGGGAAUGAAGUGGAGAGUCAAGUGGCAAACUUCUUUGUCUUGCCACUUACGCCCCUUUUGUGCCGUCAUGGCCACAAUCAGUAAUCCAGAAACUCUUACAAAAAUCACAGCUGCAUUAGGUGUCUUUGCAAGUUCUACGGACAAACAACAGAUAGCGAGUGCAAAUGAUUGGCUUCAGGACUUCCAACACACCAUCGAGGCAUGGGAAACCUCAACCACACUGUUGAUCAAUCCAGAUUCUCCCGAUGCGCUCAAAACCUUCGCUGCACAGACGCUGAAAUCCAAGGUUAUUUACGAUCUCAAUCAACUACCUUCCACACAACUUCCACUGCUGAGAGACACUCUUGUCAGUGCACUCCAGCAAUACUCCAAUGGACCACGCAAUAUCCUUGUCCAAGUUUGCUUAGCCCUAUCUGCGCUAGCCGUUCAGAUGGGCGAUUGGGCACCAACUGCUGUCCAAAAUCUCAUCGAGUCCCUGGGAACAGUCCCAACAAGUGUACCAG